AUGUCUAGUCUGGUAUCUGAAUCGACAUGGUUUGUCCAGACUCAUGGAACAAACGGCAAGCAUGACUUGUGGCAUGGACAAACAAAAAGUCGGGAAAUGUUACCACCAAUACAGGAAACUGGCGAUCUCAUGAUCUUUUGCGACUCUUGUCAAGUCUGGCAGCACGCGCUUUGUGUCGGAAUCACCGAUGCAAAACAGGUACCCAAAAACUACUAUUGUGAGCAGUGUAAACCUGAAAACCACCGGGCAAAACAACAACCACAAGCACCACCACCACCUGCUCCCGCUCCUGCUCUACUACAACCUACUCGCUCUGGAAGGAUACGACGUCUCGCUACUCCUCUAGCAGUCAAUAUGGAAUCAGAUCCACUCCCACCUCGUCGUAAUGAACGUAGUCAACGUAAAGAAAAGGCACCUCCCAAAGAACAACCUGCUGCCAUGAUAGAAAAGCCCGAGAAGGUUGAAAAAGUCAAGCUUGAAAAGGCUGAUAAACAUGAAAAGGCUGAAAAGCAUUCACAUGCUGAACCGAUACAAAAAGAAUCUUCAAAGAGCCAUAGUGCUUCUUCUGCUAGUGCACCACCUUCUAGAGCACCAUCACCCAAACGUAGAAAUACAAUGAACUCGAGAGAAGCUGCUCAAUGGAAUACUGCUGAUAUACUGCCAUUGUUGACUCCUGGUGCUUCGAUCUCGGAGGAGGCAUUCAAUACUGCUACCAUGGCUGCAAGUAUUAAUAUCCCUGUCCCUACUACGCAGUCGGCACCUAAUAGCGUCAAGAAGAAGAGGAAGAGUGCCAAGUCUGAUGAAGGAUCUAGAGCUGAUGAUGAAGCUUCUGGUGAACGAUCUUCUUCUAAUGGAACUCCAACUCCUAUGGAUACUCCUGUCAUGUCAAAGACGCACCUAGAGGACGACUCUCAUGAGUCAUCGCCUGCUGUCACCCCAAAGAGUGAGCGAACCUCUGGUAGGGGUGGUCGUCCUGCUGGUGGUGGUAAAAAGAAGAAGGCCCAACCGAAGAAGAAGCCAUCAGCCGUAAUAGCAGAGCUAGAUAUGGAUACUCCUGACGAAACAAAUACUGAGGAAGUACCUGAAGAACCAGACUUGGCUUCCGAUCCAAUGGGACCGUCGCCAACCAAAUCUAAUGCCAGUGAUGCUCGAGAAGGUUUGAAUGUCUAUGAUGAUCAAGAUGAAGAAAUGAGGGACGUUGAUGGUGCUGACAAUGGUUGGGAUUUAGCUGACGAGCUUCCACCAUCUCGAGGGAGUAAGCGUGAUCGUGAAUUACACGAUGACGAUGAUUAUGCCUCUGAUGUCAAGCCUAGUAAACGAACUAAACGAGCAACAGAAGCUAAAAAGGCUAAGGCUACUGCAGCUCGUCGUAACUCGUUAACAGAAGAUAGUAUGGCAUCACCACCUCAAUCACUCACUGGUGCUAGUAAUCGUCGAGUCAAGGAAACUGCUAGAAACAAUCGUAAUCCUUCACCAUAUCCACCUCCAUCUCGUGUCACGGCUGCUGCUAGUAAUACUAAUAGUAAUGCUCAACGACAGAACACACCAGUAAUCCACCGUGAUCCUACUCCACCUGCUAAAGCCAGACCAGUCCAUUAUCGAGCAUCGGUCCGAGAAAUGAAUAAUCGAGUAACCCAUAUAUCAGACUAUAUUAAACGCUUGUCGGCUCAGUGGAUUGAGCGUCCAAUUACACCUACACCAGCAGUCGUCUCUGUCAACACAAAGUCUGUUAUGCCGGUUGAUGUAGGAGUAGUAGGAGGAGGUCUAGCUGCAUCGCCAGUAUCGAUGGCGAAACAUGAAGAUAAAGCAGUUGAAUAUGUUCUUCAUGCGUCUGUUGUAGCUGCUAGGACUCUUGAUUCCAUGAUGGACGUUUGUACGCCAAAGAAUAUGGUUGAUGAUACCGUUUUGAGGAAUGGUAGUAUUAGUAGUAGUAUGCAGCAGAAUGGUAGUGUUGGUGGUGGUAGUCAGCAUGACGAUUCUGCAGACCUCCCGCCUGUCCUCUCAUUGAUAGAAUCAGCUGCUAAUCAAAAGUCGAAUGGCAAACUUCCGAAUGGUAGUAAUAAUGGUCUGGCUUUUAGUCCCAUGUUGACACCCUUUUUGAUUCACGGAGAUGAGAAUACCGUUGAUAUGAUGGAUAAAUUGAAUAAGCAAUUGGAAGCCUUCCGAGGCAAGUAUGGCAAGCUGCUGAAUAUUGAAAAGACGAUUAGUAGUAGUGGGAAUAGCAGUUCGAGUAAUUGGAAUAACAAUAAGGCAGGGGCUAAUAAGCUUGUUAAUGGAGAAGGGAAACUGUAG